AGUGACAUUUGUCGUGUGUGUGUAUAUUCACCGCGAGUGCAUUGCGGAUAUUUUACUUGGGAAAAAAAAAAAUUUUUUUUUAAAAAAUACAAUUUUCAUAAAAAUAAUUCCUUUCACCCAAAUUUUUUUGUUUUAAAAAAAAAAAAAAAAAAAAAUUUAACACUUUUUCUCACUGUAUUUUACAUUCGCUUUGUGCGCUACUGUAUAUAUUUAGGUAUAGUGUAUGUGUAUCUUGGAUUUUUUUUUCUCAUUUUUGAAAUUUCGCGCGCUUCCCUUGGUCUAUAUUAUAGUGGGCGAGUGAGAUAACGCGACGACGCGCUUUAAUGCCCGACAUAGUGGCUGGAAAAUUUAUCAAUACCAGCGCACCUAGUCGACGACAGGGUCGCUUCGAGUAGUCCGCGCUCCAAUUAAAAGCGCUUAAAACCAAGAAAAAACAGAGACGAAAACAUGGCAUCAGAAGGUGGGCUUGCGCCAGAUGCGGCAGGAGGUGCAGGAAGCGAUGGAAUCGUCGGAGGUCCAAGAACACCCCAACAGAUUGCAUCGCAAAAACGAUUACAGCAAACGCAAGCGCAAGUCGACGAAGUUGUCGAUAUUAUGAAAACAAAUGUCGAAAAAGUUCUCGAACGUGAUCAAAAACUCUCAGAACUUGACGAUCGAGCUGAUGCGUUACAACAAGGAGCGUCGCAGUUUGAACAACAGGCUGGUAAAUUAAAAAGGAAGUUCUGGUUACAAAAUCUAAAGAUGAUGAUAAUUAUGGGAGUCAUCGCGCUGAUUAUAUUAGCCAUCAUUGUUUCUAAAUUCACACCGGAUUCACCGCCAGUUGCACAGCCACCCAUGUACCAAUAUCCACCACCGCCACCACCUCCAGGACCAGCUCCUGCUGGUGGCAAUCCACAAACAGCACCGGCUGCUUUGGUUGACACUACAAAUCUCCAACAUGGAGUUCGCAAUUUUAUCUAAAAAAAAAAAAAAACCCUCCCCUUCUCAACGAAAACUAUUUGAAAAUAUUGUCAAAAAAAAAAUUCUUGAUAAACAAAACAAAAAUAUAUUAACUUCCCUCUUUGGAAUUUACUAUUUUCAAUUAUUCAUAAAAAAAAAAAUAAACAAAAUUUACCUCAAUCUCAGGGAUCUCAAAAAAAAACAAUUUUUUUUUUUUUUGUAUUUUCUUUCACAAAAUAUAAUAAUUUCCUAUUUUUCGAUUUUUAAUCACAAAAAAAAAAAAAAUGUGUGAGCAGUGUGUGUUAUUUCUCUCACAGUAUAAAAAUAGUUUUCUAAUCAAAUUUCCUUAGGGAGGAUGGAGGCUAUAAUAUAACUUCAAAACUAAAAAAUCGUUUUUAACACAAACAAAAAUUUAAUAAAAAUUGUUUCAAAUGUUUAUUAAAUUUUUGUUUUAAAUACCAUUUUCCAGUUUUGAGUUUAUGUUAGGACCUCCAUCAAUAUAAAAAAAAAUGAUAAUUUUCCAUACCUCUUUUUAGUGAAAAUUAAAAAUGGAAAAUUAAUUUUAUUUAAAAAUUUUUAACUUAAUUAAAUGUAUAUUGUUUAUUUAUUUGUAAAUUUUAUAAUUGUUUAUUUUAAAAUUUAAUUUUCAUUUAAAUUAAUUACUAAUUACAAUUAUUAUAAAAAUUUUUAAUUUAUUUUAUAUAUUUUAUUUAUUAUUAUUAUUAUUAUUAUAAUUAUUAUUUUUAAAAAAUUUGGCACUUUGACAAAAACAAAAAAUUACAUUUCUUGAUAAUUUUGUUUACCCAUUUAUAUAAGUGAACAAAAUUAUAAUUAGUGCAAUACUUUAUAUAAAUAAAAUAGUGUGACUUUUACAUAAUAGAGAUCCCAGUAAAAAUAUACAGAUACGUCUUUUACAAAUAAUAAAAAUUAUAUAUAAAUACUUAAUUGCGUGACGUUUCUCUUAUAAUAUAUUGUCCCAUCUCUGAGGUUUAACAUGGAAAUUUUUCAAUAUAAAAAAAUAAUUUUAUUUGUCGAUUUUUAAAAUAGAUGAAAAAAUAUAUUUUCCAUUAAUUUUAAAAUGAAAAUUAAAAAAAAAACAAACUUUUAUUUACAUAUCUAUCUUGGAUAGAUAAUUUUUAAAAAGGAAAAAAAAGUCCAUCUUUAGAUGUACAUAAAUAUACGCAUCUAAACGUAUAUAAUAUUGUACGUGUAAAUAUAUGAUGAAUUAUAAAUCGUCAAUGUAUCAUAACAUAAUUCCUAUUAUAGACAUUACAUGAUUAUAAAUCAAGAAAAAUAAAAUUAUAAAUAAUAAUAAUUAUUAUUAUAGCAACUCAAAUAUAUUAUAUAUUACGAUCAGAAAAUGAAAACGAUAAAUAUUAUGUGAAAGAAAAAUGAUAAAUUAAUUAUCAUUUAUACAUAAUUGUAGAAAUGAGAAUAUUAGCUAAUUUUAAAUAGAUUUUUAAUUUUAAUAAUUUUUUUUCUUUUUUAAAUAUUAUUAUAUAGUUGUUUGUUAAAUAGUUAAAUUUCCCAAAAAAAAAAAAAAAAAUAAAGAAAUAAUCAGAAUUUUGCUACUGAUCCCUUUAAGAACGAAUAAAUUGAAUCCUUUAUCGAUAAGAAGAUUGAAGGUAAUAAUAACAACUAAUAAUUUAUUUAUGAAAGCACCGGAUUCUAUAUAUAUAUAUACUGAAUCGACCUUUUAAAUUUUAAAAGGUGUUAGGUUCGGAUUAAUAGGGUUUUAGCAUCGUAAGUAUACCACGUUGUAAUUAAAACUAUAUAAUUAUAGGAAUAAUAAAGAAAACGAAAUUACAUAAAAUAAA